CGAAGUCGUAUAAUCAGUGAGUGAUUGAUAGUUACAUUAGGUUGUGUUGUGGGGGGGUAAGAACUAAGAACAGAGAAACGAAAAAGAAGAAUCAGGAGAAGGAAAUCAUCAUUAAUCAUGGCAGGGAGAUUGACGAACGCAGCAUCGAGGAUCUUGGGCGGAAACGGCGUCGUUUGCCGAUCUGUAGCCUCCUCUCUUCGCCUUCGCUCCGGCAUGGGCCUCCCCGUCGGCAAACAUUAUGUUCCCGACAAACCUCUUCCCAUGAAUGACGAACUUGUGUGGGACAACGGCACUCCAUUUCCCGAACCGUGCAUAGAUCGUAUUGCUGACACCGUCGGAAAGUAUGAAGCAUUGGCCUGGCUGUGUGGGGGCUUGAGUUUUUUUGCGUCUCUGGGUUUAUUGGCUGUGUGGAAUGACAAAGCCUCCAAGAUACCGUUUGCACCCAAAGUAUAUCCAUAUGACAAUCUGCGAGUGGAGCUUGGUGGUGAACCAUAGGGAGAUCCAAGGCAAUGUCGGAUGAGAAGUUCUUGUUUGAUGUAAUUGUUCUUUUACGUUUAUUUGUACUCUUGUGUAGUUCAAAAUAAGGAAUCAUGGAGGCUUGCUGAAACCAAAUAGAGGAAUGGAAGAGCCGAAUCUGGCUGUUCUUUUGAUCAUAAUCAUGCUUAUGAUGGCUAUUGUGAGGAGUGGGUCAUUAUUAUUCUUAAUUUCUGUACUCUUAAUGGAAUUAGGGUGAUUGAUUCAAGUAUAAUAUUGCAUUUUCAGAAAUCA